AUGGGGUUUCAGGGUCUAUUGACUUUCAUGGAUGUGGCAAUAGAGUUCUCUAAGGAGGAGUGGCAAUGUCUGGAUUCUGCUCAGAGAGCUUUGUACAGAGAUGUCAUGUUGGAGAACUACAAUAACCUGGUUUCUUUAGAGGUAAUCUUCUGUCUCGAACAAAACGAAGAUCCAUGGCUUUCUGAUGGAGAAGACAGAGAAGGAAAAUUACAAG